CCGUACCGGUGCGCGUUGACGUAGCGGAGGAUCGUUGUGUUAUUCAGUGUGUACCGUCGGGCUUUGCCACAAUUAACAGCCGUUUUUAAAGGUCAGAACCGCGGAUCGGUGCUCGGAGUGAACAUGGAGGAGAAACAGGAGACCGUGGCGGUGAAACGGACCAGUUCGGAGCAGAGGAAGCUGCGUUCUCGUGAUGCGGCCAGAUGUAGGCGAAGUCAGGAGACCGAGGUGUUUUAUGAGCUCGCCCACACUCUGCCGCUCCCCCGUCGAGUUUCCACCCACCUGGACAAAUCUGCCAUCAUGAGAGUCUCCCUCAGCUUCCUGUGGAUGCAGCGCCUCCUCCGACCCGGUGAGACUAAGAAAGAGGAAGAGAAGGAAGAGAAGGAUGAGGAAGAGGAGGAGGAAGAUCCAAUGGACACUUUCUAUCCUCAGGCGCUGGCUGGCUUCAUCAUGGUGAUCACUGAGGAGGGAGACAUGAUCUACCUGACAGAAAGUGUCAGCAGACACAUCGGCAUCACACAGCUGGACCUGCUGGGCCACAGUAUUUAUGACUUUGUUCAUCCCUGUGAUCAAGAGGAGCUCAGAGACCUGCUGACUCCACGUCCAGGUUCUCCACUGCACAGGUCACAUGCGUCCGUUUGGCGGCGGCUCCACGCCUCCUGCUCCAAGAGUGAUGACUCUGCUGUGCGAGCCCAUCCCUCACCCGUCCAGCGUGGAGUUCCCUCUGGACACCUGCACCUUCCUCACCCGCCACACCAUGGACCUGCGCUUCACCCACUGCGAGGGCAGGGUGACAGAGUUGGUGGGAUACAAACCUGACGAUCUGAUUGGUCGCUCGGCUUACCAGUUUCAUCACGCUCUCGACUCUGAUCACAUCAACAAGAGCCUGCACACACUGCUGUCCAAAGGUCAGGUGAGCACCAGCCAGUAUCGUUUCCUGGCGAACAGCGGCGGUUUCGUCUGGGCGGAGACCCAAGCGACUGUCCUCUACAGCAGCAAGACAUCACAGCCCGAGGCCGUCGUCUGUCUCAACUUUAUCCUCAGCGCCGUGGAGCAGCCAGAUGUUGUUUUCUCCGUCGAGCAGCUUCGUUGUGGUCAGGCUAAAACCCACUCAGCAGCGCCUGCACCAGAGGAUUCUGGGACUUCUGACAUGCGUGACUCUGACAGUGAGUGUCUCGCCAGCUCCGAUCAAACCGAGGACGAAAGUUCAGGUACCAGCAGCGCUGCAGACCUCUUCUUCAAGCUGAAAGAGAAGCCGGAGGAGCUUCUCCAGUUGGCUCCCGAGGCCGGAGACGUCAUCGUGCCGCUGACAGAUAUUGUUGAGCUGUCCUUCGUCAGUCUGUCCACUCAAGACUCGGUGCCUGACCACCCGCAGGAUCUGUGCACUCCACAGCUGCGACAGCUCCUCUCGCCCAUCUUCAACCCAACAUCAUCAUCACCAUCACCGACCUCCUCAGCUGAUCCUGAGCCGAGCUCCGAGGAGGAGGAGGUGAUGGACACCAGCGAGGUGGAGAAGUUCUUUGCUGUCUGGCCAGACGAUGGACAGAAGAAAGAAGGAGAAACACUGGAAGGGAUGGAUCUGGAGAUGUUGGCUCCUUACAUCUCGAUGGACGAUGACUUCCAGCUGACCUUCCUCAGCAGUUUGCCAGAGGAAGCCGACAAACCUUCGUCCUCUUCAUUUGAAUCCUCAGCAGUGAUGCCUGCACUCAAAGUGAACAGGAAACGGACCCACAACCCGGAUGAGGAGCUGCUGUCCCAGCUGAUGAUUCAGGACAAGAGACAGAAACAUGAUGCUUCCUCAAUAGAAGAGGAACUUCUCCUCAACCACAGAUUGCUGGGCUGUCUGGACGAAACCGACCAAUCAGAUUUGGUCCUGGACCCGGGACCGGGAGGGCGGAGUCGGCUGCUCACAGACAAAGACCCACUUUUAGGAGGCAUACAGGGACUCUGUGAUACUGCAGCUCUGAUGAGGGACAUAUUCAUACCUCGCCCACCUGACCUGUCGCCGCCGCUCUCGCCUCUGACUUGACCGCGUCCCAUUCAAUCAAGAUUUGGUCUCGACGUCUUCUACACUCAAAGCGAGAAAGUCGAUGCCGGAUCUGUCUGGAAAAAGAACAACAACCUGAGUGCACACAUACAAACGCAACACACCACAAACACGUACGCACACGAAUAUAAAACUCACACACGCUGCGUAGCCAUAACGUGAGGUCGGACGUGACCUCGUUGCUUGUAGCUGAACCAGGACGGUCACUUAUGUCGGGUGACGUGUUGUAAGGCAGGUGGGAGGUGCUGUUCGCUCUCUUAAACCCAUCGACAUUUACACUGAUUUUAAUGUGAGAAACCAUCAUUGUGGUCAGUCUGUUUCAUGGAAGCAGCAGCAGGCGGUGCUAAAAUUCUGAUGUAAAAGAUUUUAAAAAUCCUACAUUGAGACAAAUCUGGUAAUUAUUUCUCUGAGCAGCUAAAUUCAAUUUAUCGCAGCUUUCCAGUUUUAUCACAUUUCUUUUGUUUUUAGUGCUUUUACCGUUUUUUAAAGUCCUGCACAGGAACUCCCAUAAUGCUCAGCUUUGAGCCAACAUUCAUACAUAUAAACAGUCUUCUGCUGUUAUUAUUUCCUUUUUGUGUCAAAUUACACAAACAAACUAGCGAAAUAUCAGUGGCAUCGUUUAUUUCAGUGGCAUAUUUUUACGUCUUUUUAUACACUCAAUGCUAAACCUUUUCAAAUAGUACAUGUAUCAGAAAGUUAGGACUUGUUGUUGCCGUUUUAUUGAAGAGUUAACAAUCGUUUGGUGUUUGUUUUAAUCACCCCGAGGUGCCAGGUGGGUGGGGUUUACCUCAUCCAACACUCCCUGUAAGCUAACGUGAGGCGAUCAAUCACAGAAAGGUUCAGACAUCCAUCCUGUGAAAUCAAAGUGGACUAAAACAAACCAUAAAUCAGCAGUUUGAUUUAAACAUAUAGUCUGAUUAACUUACUGAAGCCAUUUACAUUAAUGAGACAAACAGUAGAGUUAGCUUGUUUAUAUACUCAUUAGAAAUGUAAUUAAACACUAGUAUUCAUGUUUUUUUGUCAUGUAUGAGUUUGAAUUUUAUGGCAAACAAAUUGUGCCUCAGCAUAUAUGAGCUGAAUGUUUGAAUUGUUUUUUUUUUAGUUGCAGUGCUCGAUGAAAUAUUGUGAUGCUACUACACUGUCUGAGAUGUGGAGGAUUGUUUUUAUUCGGCCAUAUUUUCUAUAUCUAAACCCUGAAACUGCCGAGCCUGUUUGAAAACGGUUUAUCCUAAUUCAAUGUAAACGGACAUUUGUUUAAACAUGUUCUUCCAGAGUUCUCUGUGCCUUUUUUAUCAUCCAGUGAAAGAGGUUUCAUUAAAAGGUUUUUCUCCGUCCUGUUUCAUCUUUUACCUUACGCACAAGAUCUGAUCUAAUGAGAACAUUUAAUCUUUCUGUUUCUACGGUUUAUCCUGUAUGUAUUCUUGAGCUAAAUAAAAAUAGAGAUAAAAGCAGAA